AUGGCCGAGCGGAAGCCGUCCGGGAAGGCGGCCGAGGACGAGGAGGUCCCUGCCUUUUUUAAGAACCUGGGCUCGGGCAGCCCCAAGCCCCGGCAGAAAUUCUGCGGCAUGUUCUGCCCGGUGGAGGGGUCCUCGGAGAACAAGACCAUCGACUUCGACUCGCUGUCGGUGGGCCGGGGCUCGGGGCAGGUGGUGGCCCAGCAGCGGGACGUCGCCCACUUGGGCCCCGACCCGCAGACGCCGUUCUCCCGGCAGGGCCGGCGCGCCGGCGGGGAGCCAUCUGUUGAAUCCGGCCGGAAGGUGGAGAUCCGGCGGGCCUCGGGCAAGGAAGCCCUGCAGAACGUCUACGACCAGAGUGAUCGUCUUCUGAUCAAGGGAGGGAAGAUAGUGAAUGAUGACCAGUCCUUCUAUGCAGACAUAUACAUGGAAGAUGGGCUGAUCAAGCAAAUAGGAGAAAACCUGAUCGUGCCAGGAGGGGUGAAGACCAUCGAAGCCCACUCCAGAAUGGUGAUCCCUGGGGGAAUCGACGUGCACACUCGUUUCCAGAUGCCUGAGCAGGGGAUGACAUCUGCCGAUGACUUCUUCCAGGGGACCAAGGCUGCCCUGGCUGGAGGAACCACCAUGAUCAUUGACCACGUCGUCCCUGAGCCCGGCACCAGCCUGCUGGCCGCCUUCGACCAGUGGCGGGAGUGGGCGGACAGCAAGUCCUGCUGCGACUACUCCCUGCACGUGGACAUCACCGAGUGGCACAAGGGCAUCCAGGAGGAGAUGGAGGCGCUGGUGAAGGACCACGGUGUAAACUCUUUCCUCGUCUACAUGGCUUUCAAAGAUCGCUUCCAGCUCACUGAUUCCCAGAUCUAUGAAGUCUUGAGCGUGAUCCGGGAUAUCGGUGCCAUUGCCCAAGUCCAUGCGGAGAACGGCGACAUCAUUGCAGAGGAGCAGCAGCGGAUCCUGGAUCUGGGCAUCACAGGCCCCGAGGGACACGUGCUGAGCCGGCCUGAGGAGGUCGAGGCGGAAGCCGUGAACCGGUCCAUCACCAUCGCCAACCAGACCAACUGCCCCCUGUACGUCACCAAGGUGAUGAGCAAGAGCGCGGCCGAAGUCAUCGCCCAGGCCCGGAAGAAGGGAACUGUGGUUUACGGCGAACCCAUCACGGCCAGCUUGGGGACCGACGGCUCCCACUACUGGAGCAAGAACUGGGCCAAGGCCGCUGCCUUCGUCACCUCCCCGCCACUGAGCCCCGAUCCCACCACUCCAGACUUCCUCAGCUCCCUGCUGUCCUGUGGGGACCUGCAGGUCACCGGCAGUGCCCACUGUACCUUCAACACCGCCCAGAAGGCUGUGGGAAAGGACAACUUCACGCUGAUUCCCGAGGGCACGAAUGGCACGGAGGAGCGGAUGUCCGUCAUCUGGGACAAGGCUGUGGUCACUGGAAAGAUGGACGAGAACCAGUUUGUGGCUGUGACCAGCACCAAUGCGGCCAAAGUCUUCAACCUUUACCCCCGGAAAGGCCGUAUCGCGGUGGGAUCUGAUGCCGACCUGGUCAUCUGGGACCCCGACAGCGUGAAGACCAUCUCUGCCAAGACACACAACAGUGCUCUGGAGUACAACAUCUUCGAAGGCAUGGAGUACCGCGGCUCGCCGCUGGUGGUCAUCAGCCAGGGCAAGAUCGUGCUGGAGGAUGGCACCCUGCACGUCACCGAGGGCUCGGGCCGCUACAUCCCCCGGAAGCCCUUCCCGGACUUCGUGUACAAGCGCAUCAAGGCCAGGAGCCGGCUGGCGGAGCUGCGAGGGGUCCCCCGUGGCCUUUACGACGGACCCGUGUGCGAGGUGUCGGUGACGCCCAAGGCCGUGACGCCCGCCUCCUCCGCCAAGACCUCGCCCGCCAAGCAGCAGGCCCCGCCCGUCCGGAACCUGCACCAGUCUGGCUUCAGCUUGUCUGGUGCUCAGAUCGAUGACAACAUCCCCCGCCGUACCACCCAGCGCAUCGUGGCGCCCCCGGGUGGCCGCGCCAACAUCACCAGCCUGGGCUAGAGCCGGGCCGCAGGCCGCGGGGCGGGGCGGGCAGCGGAGGACAUUCCCAGACUUCCUUCUUCCUUUCAGUUCCCCCCACACCUCCCCUUUUUUUUUUUAAAAGAGCCUGUGAUAGUUGCUGUGGGCAGCCAGUUCCUGGGGCUCCCGCUGGGCCCCCUCUUACUCCAUCUCUUCCUUGGAGUUUCUGAAUUUACUCUCCACUUCCCUCCACAUCCACCACCACCACACCCAGGCCAGGCCACGCCUCCCACGCGGCCGCACCCCCCCUCCCCAGCGGCCCCGGCCGCGCGGUGCCCACAGCGCCCUCUGCCGGACACCUCCCUUGUCACGGGAAGCAGUGAAUUGCCCAGAGCUGCCUUUUUGGUUUGUUUGUUUUGUAAUUCUUUUUUUUUUAAAGGUUUUCUUUGUGGGGCUGGGGAGGGCUAGGGCUGGAGGAGGGUUUUUUUUUUUAAAUACUAAAUUGGAAAGUCUAAUUCAAUAUUAAUCCACGGGGCUUGAACUGGACAUCCUAAUGAUGCAAUUAUAUAACCAUGGGCCGAUCCAGGGGGCUUGGCAAACUCUUGUCCCUCCGGAGAGGCUCCCCAUGUCUCCACCGCAUCCCUGUCGUCUUCUGGGUCAGCUGCUGAGAAAGGACAGGUUUUCAUCUUUGGCCUAGAUUUUGCAGCCAAUUAGACCUUUUGAGGGUUUUGCUUUGCCGUUCCCCCUCCCCCGCCCUCUCCUCUCUCCCUGGCUCGUCAUCGUGACUGUCUUCAGAUCCCCGGCUCUCUCUGCGUCUGUUCCAGCCUCACCCUCCUGCCCAUAGUCCUGUGUUGUCAUGAUCCCUAGGUGACUGGUGCUAACUGCCUGUCUGCCGCCAGGGGGGGUGUGAGUUGGAGACUGGUCUCCAGGUGCAGACAUGGCCUGGCUGCACACCCCCUGUGGGCUUAGAAUGGGGCCAUGCGCAGUGCAGACUGGGAACAGGUGAAGGUCCUGUGUGUUGCUGGUUGGCUAAAGAUGGUGAACCCUGUGAACACGGCCCUGUAACUCACACAGACACCCUGACCACAGCUGCCCCAAGCCUCAGCCAGGGCGUGCGGUGACCCGGGCCACUUUCCCUCUGAGAAAGUAUCUUAGGGAGAAAACAGCAAAUACCUUCUUUUCUUGUCCCAUUAUUUCAAAGGUAUAACAUGAUAGAGGGAAGUCUUUAUCAACGUAGAAAAACCUUGGAAAAAUUUGACCCCCAUAUAUUUUAUUGACUGAUGCCUAUUAUCCUAGCUACUCAGGAAGCUGAGAUCCAAGAAAUGAGGAUCAAAGCUA